UUUGAAAAGGGAACUACUGGGCGGGGCUUAGGGUGGAUUUCGUUUUUCAAAUCUUCUCGGGCGCGGUGAGUGUUGUGGGUUUCCAUGCCAGGAACGCGCCAUCCAUGGUUUCGAUAUCCUCGUUGUCGCAUCUGUUGCUAGAGGGAGUUGUUGUGUCGCAAUGCAACUCGGAGCCUGAUGAAUGACAUGAUGUCAAGUGACGGGCUCCAAGACGUUUGAUUCCGAGGAGAAACUCUGGUGCGGUGCUGUUUGAAGAUUUGGGGCGGCAUUGGAAUACUCUAUUCUAAAGUGGGUUACAGAUUUUUCAGUUGUGUUUGUUUGUGGAGUUGGAGUAGACUCAGCGAUGAUUUGUUUUCUUUGGGUGUUAAAGAAUUAGGUUUAAGUGUCUGUGUGGGAUUGUUGAUGUGAUAGGCCUUGGAAAUACAAUUAGGGUAGUGAGUUUGUGUGGCGUGAGUGGUGUCUGUUUCAUGGAGUACUUGGAGGCUCAAACGUUUAUUGAAAGUAUGUAAAUUUAGUGUGAGGAUUGGUGGGGUAUAGAUCAGGUUUCGAGAAAUGGGGUGUCGAGAUCAGGUAGGUUUCGAGUUGUAAGAGAUCCGCAGGGAUGAUCAGGAAGACGGGUAAGCUAGACGGUACUCUCGGGGCGUCAUGGGAUAGAUCUAUGGGGCAGGACGCUAUCAUAUGAAGUUGGAAAGACCGUAGGUUUAAAGAAAUCUUGAAGGAUAGAAUUGCGCUAGAUCUACAUUCAGUCAGUUCAGUUAGUGGAUCCUCUCUACAAUUUAUGAGUUGCGUGGCUUAGAUCAUCCGCAAUCUCCUACGGCUUGGUGCUUUCACGUUACGUGCUUGAUUGAUUGGAGAUGAACAGUGUUGUAGGAAAGCGCAUUGCAGAAGAAAAUGAGCGGAUGGUUUUGGUGCAAUAGCCGCAAUCUAUCCGAGAGGGAACAUGGAGAUUUUUGGUUAGUUGAAGGCGAUGGGUUUGUUACUUCUGUGUCUCGAAGUGUUCUCAUAGCGUGACAGUAUUUUUCAAUUUGCUUAGAUUCCGGUCAGUUCUUUCGUCCUCGCAGACUCAGAGAUUUCUGUUUUACAUCUCUUUGAGCCUCAAGUUCUCUAUCCUAUUCUUUGCAACUAAGCCGGCACCUUGAAUCUGACGAUUGACUAGAAGAGCUUACAAUUGGAUUUUGGGCUACGCCGAUGCAUCAACACUGCUUUCAGCUGCUACUACCCGGUAGUCUCAGUUGGUCCCUUUGGCGAGGUCCCUGCCAAUUGUGAAUCUCGGUGGUUCUACAGAUUGAUUAGAAGAUGGGUGACACAGGAGAAGCUUAUACUGGAAAUGAGACCGUCUCUGUGCCAAGCGCUGUUGGUUCCUUGACUCACGAGUCGAAUAGUAAGGAUGCCAUGCCGCUUCUUAGGGUAGCUGUUGAUGAUAACGACGGAAACGAUGCAGCAGAUCAGCCUUCUAACCACGAAGUUACUACACCACACCUGCGGGUAGCAGUCGACGACGACGACACGGAAGAGGAUAUGUCAGGAGACGAACCUGAAGAGGAUCAGGAAGAGGAGCACCAGGAGGCAGAGGAGGACGGUGAUGCGGAGAACCCUAUGGAGGAGCCAGUCGUGGAAGAUUCUGAGACCCUAGCGAGUGUGCGCAUAGUUGCCCAUGUCACAGAUGGUAUGGCUGAUUCUGAUACAGGGGAGCAGUUAGCUUUCCCUGAAGAGCAGUACGACGAGGAGAGUGAGGAGGAACAUCGGGAAGAUCAUGAAGAUGACCACAACGAUAAUCAUGAAGGCGACAAUGGUGAAAGUCAUGAAGGGAACAAUGGUGCAUAUGAGGAUGACGAGGAGGAUCAUGAAGAAGAUAGCGGAGUAAAUCGGGCCGUGGUUCAUGUGCAUGUGCAAGCAGACAACCAAGAAGACGAGGUCAAUGCGGAGGAUUAUGAAGAUCAGCACGAAGGUGAAGUGGAAACUCGACCUGUAGUCCAUGUUCAAGCGGGUAACCAAGAAGACAAGACCAAUGCGGAGGAUCCCGAAGAUCAUUAUGAUGAUGUAGUGGAAACUCGAUCUGUAGUCCAUGUUCAAGCGGACAAUCAUGAAGAGUAUCAUGACCUGGAAAAUUACGGAGACGACGGAGAAAAACGUGCAGUACUACAUGUGCAGGGUUCUGUCGACGACCUUGAAGAGAUUCAUGAGGAGCAUCAUCAGGCACAGCAUGAGAGCGAGAUGAGUCAGGAGGAAGAUGAUCAAGCUAAGUCUCACUUUGAAAAUGAACGAGCGAUGGAGCACCUAGCGGAGGCGGAUGAACCAGAUACUCUUAUCAAUCUUGCUGACGAAUCGGAGUUUGCGGCCGACAAUGUGGAGGGUGAAGCAGGAAAUGCUGGUGUGAAUGGAGGGGGACAUGCUGGAGUACCCUUGCAGGAACAGCUUGGAAUUGAUGACGUUAAAGUAACCGGCGAGAAAUCAGUGCACCAUGACCAACCUGACGCGACAGAGGAGGUGCAGCAGACAAAGCAUGCUAGUGUCUCUCAGCAUGACCAGACUACUGCUAUAUCAGCCAAGCCAGGUGCUUCAAAAGUAACUGAGAAAACACCCACUGCGAAAAAGAAGCCCCACUCCAUAGUUCCACGCGGCAAAGCAUCUUCUGCCUCUGCACCAGGAAGUAGAGCGCAUGCUCAGUCUGAAUCAGAUGGAUCCAAUCGAGCUAAGCGUUCUGCAGUAGAAGAAGGAGACGCCUCGGUCAGCGCCUCCCACUCUGGGGUUGCCCCACACACCCGACCAUCUCUAAGGGCAUCGCGCACUAAGCUCACAAUUCCACAGCCUUUCCAACUGGCGACAGAGAAGAGGGCGUCCUUGGGAGGGCGUCCUGUGGAUACAGAUGCCCCUAAGCCACGUACGCCAGGUAACUUGGCCAAGCGAUCUCAUCCAGCUGCUCAUACGAAGAAUGGUGGGGCGAUGUUGGGAGGAAUCAGAGCUGCACCCACAGAGAUCUCUAAGGAAGACCAGGAGGCACUUGAGACGCUGGAAAAGGACAGAGAUGCUAAACUUGAGGAGGAAAUGGCAGCUCUUAGGAUCAAGACUGGAAAUCCUUCUGGAUUCAGCUUCAAAAGUGACGAGCGAGCUGAAAAGCGAAGAGAAUUCUAUUCCAAAUUGGAAGAAAAAAUGAAGGCUAAAGAAGAAGAGAAGAACCAGAUCCAAGCGAAGAGCCAGGAGGAACUAGAGAAUAAGAUGAAGCAAUUGCGGAAGAGCCUGGCAUUCAAGGCUACUCCUUUGCCUAGUUUUUAUCAAGAGGCAGGCCCACCGAAGGUUGAGGUGAAGAAAACCCCCCCGACCCGACCUAAGUCUCCAAAGCUAACAACUUCAAGGAGAAGCACUCUUGUGGGAGAUCCUGAAGGCUCGAGGUCUCCAGUAGCCAGAAUCAGGACUGGCUUAAAUGCUAGUGCUUUAGGCCUGCCACACAAAUCGGUUGACUUGACUGACCACAAAAAAGCUAAUGUGAGGAAAUCUAUGUCCAGAUCUCCCUCCAUGGAGAAGAGUGCAGUCCGCCCCAAGGUUAACGGUCAUGGCGAUGGCAAGAGUGAAACUACAACCAAAGCAAAACCAGCUAGUGUUCUUCCUUCUCCCAGGAAAGCAUCUACUGUCGCAGGUCCAGAGUCGGGAAUGAACAAGACACCUAAGAAAGCUGAUACAGUGGCUACUUUAAGUUCCAAUAGAGGAACAGACAGCUAUCCUAAAAGAUCUUUGCGCAAUGGCGGACCUUCUACUGAUCGUUCAAAGACCACUGAGGAAGGAAAAUCUAGAAACACCAAGCUGCCUGGAGGAGUGACCAUAGCAGAAUCGAAGGAUGGGGUCAGGAAGUCAAUGCAAUGGCGUUCAGAAACGGCUAAUUCUACAACUAAGGGUGAAAAUCCAGAAGUUGAGCCUGCAAAGCUUGUAGUUGCUACGAUGACCAAGGGAGAUGUUAUGCCAGAUGUGCCAAUUGCGUAGAGGGUACGUGUUUUUGUGCUGCGUUUCUGUAGAUUGUACAAGUUGUGAUGAAACUACUAUUUGUCUUUAGGGUCUAUAAUGUAAUGUAGAAAGCCCCUUCCAUUUUUUGGAGUCGUGAUUAUCUGGCUUGAACAACAAACCGACUGUUUUUCCUGGCUAA